AUGAAUUUUUUUUAUUAUAUUUUUCAUUUUAUUUACUAUCCAUGUGUUGGUUUAACAAUAAUUAGUGAUUAUCAAUAUUCCUAUACGAAUAUAACAAUAAUGAAAUAUAUUUUUUCGUUAUUUGUUUUUUUAAAUGCAAGUUAUAUUCAAUAUAAUAUUCAUUUAACAUUAGAAAAACAAAAUCCUGUUGAACAAAAUGAAAUCAAACCUAUUCCAUAUGGUUACUGGAUAUUUAAUUAUUUUUCGUGUCCAAAUUCAAUAAUUGAAAUUAUUAUUUAUUUGUCAUUUUUUCUAACAAGUCAUCGAACGUCAGCAAUGGCAUCGUUACUUGUUUGGGUAUUUACUAAUCAAUCAUUAUCAGCAUUAUUAAAUCAUCGAUGGUUUUGUCGAUAUUAUAAAGAUUUAUAUCCAACAAAAAGACGUGCAUUGAUACCGUUUAUUCUUUAG